UGUAAGGUCAAAGGUCAGGUCGCCUCUAUGAGGUAAUAACAAACAUGGCGGCGCUCGGUACGGCACGGUGCUUAUUCCGGAGCUACUCUCGGGUGAAAAAUGUUCAAAAGAGCAAACAAUUGUUGGUCAAAUGUAGCGCCAGGACUCUCUGCAGCGGGACACAAGACAGCGCCAAGCCUCAGUUCACAGAUCCAGCCGUUCAGGACAUCCUCACCAGGAUAACGGGCCUGGACCUGCACAAAGUGUUCCGACCCGUUAAGCAGGAGCUGAAGCCGCCCACAUACAAACUCAUGACCGACGAGCAACUUGAGCAGGCCAACGAGUUAGCCACAGAGCAGGCUAAGAAGAUGCUGAAGAUGCCCCCUGUCCUGCCGGAGAGGAAGCCCAUUGACGACGUGCUGUCUGAGGACAAGAUCCUGGAUGGCAUGGACACGGCCAAAUUCGUCUUCACAGACAUCACCUACAACAUCCCGCACAGGGAGAGGUUCAUUGUUGUACGGGAGCCCAACGGGACCCUUAGGAAGGCGACCUGGGAGGAGAGAGACCGACUUGUUCAGGUCUACUUCCCCAAGGAGGGACGCAAACUCACAACUCCUCUCAUCUUCAAGGAGGAGAACCUCAAAAUGGUGUUUUCUCAAGACCGUCACGAGGACGUGUUGGACCUGUGUCUAGUCCAAUUUGAACCAGACUCUUCAGAAUACAUCAGGAUACAUGCAGCUACUUACGAGAACCUGGACAAGCACGGCAAAUAUGACCUGCUGCGCUCUACCAGACAUUUCGGGGGCAUGACCUGGUACCUACUCAACGCUCGCAGGGUGGACGGGCUUAUAGUGGAUAUGCUGAAGAAAGAGCUGUUCCAGGAUGCAAUAAGCCUAGUGUCUCUGUUCAACAUGGUCCACCCCCACAGUGAGUCAGCGCAGGAAGCUGCCAGCCAGCAAGCCUCUGGCACCGACCUGCUUAAGAUCUAUAGCCAAAAAGAGUCCCAGAAGGCGGGCUACAUCGAUCUAGCCCUGCAGGCGUAUGAACAGAUAGCUGGAGAUGGACGGAGUUCUGCUGCCUGACUGGACAAAUCCUAGAUUGACAUAUACAAAUCCAUCCACAAUGAGGAGGAGACCAGAAGAACAGACUGAAAACGGCUCAGCAGCAUGUCGCUGUUUGAGUCGGAGAGUAACAUGUGCGUCUUCACUGAAAGGUGAAGACACAGUUUGAAACUGUUGUAAGAUGCACAGUGUGUGUCAUUUAUCCAUGGAGAGAAACUGUAGUAAAAUGCUCUUAUUGUCUAUAUGUGUAUUUCAUUUGGGCCAACCUGAUGUGUUACGUCAAAUAAUGUACAGAACAGAAUAAAGAUGUUUGUACUUGA